AUGCUAUUAGAAGCGAUGUUUUUUACAGAUAAUAUCUCUAUUAAGGCUCUCGCAGAUGAAUUUGGAGCGAACGGAAUCAGAGACAUUAAAUUUAUUUUAUUGAAAAUGGUAAUAAUGUUGACAGGAAUAUUGAAGAAACAAUUAAUGGAUAUGAAAAAGAUACAAUUUAUGUUGGAAAAUCCAUUCCUGGAUUGA